AUGGAAGAUAUUUUAUUCUCUGAAUGGAUCAAUCACUCCAGUGAGGUGAACAAGGGAAAUCCACAAGAGUUGCCAGACAGUCCAUUACUCGGUGUCGCAAUGGACUACAACAUUCUACACUCGAAUAAGAACAGCAAUUCGUUGGCUGUGCUCAACCACUCGGGCGGAUCCACCAGUGGCGAAGAUGACGACUCCACUCCCUUUUCUCCAUUUGUUUACAACAGCUUUUGCCAGAGCCACUAUACAAAAAACUUGAUUCCAUCUCCUCCCGUCCCAGAGGAAGGCUAUCCAAGUCCAUCGUCGGUAUCGUCACCACCACCCUCCUCGAGCUACACAUUGUUCCUCGACGAGCAAGACACCACAUUCAUCUCUGAGUACAUUGAAAGUAGCGGCUGUCAACCACAACAACAACAACCAUCCAUCUCCAAUCAAAUCACGCAAACCAUUAAUAUUCAACAACCACAACAACAAUUGUCCGAGUCUGGAUCCUACUCUGUACCAUCGUCACUAACAUCCUCCCCAUAUAUAACCUCGACUUCCUCCUCCUCCUCGAUUGUGCCAACCUUCCAGUCUGGCUCACCACAACCACAAAGAAUACCAAAUAUAGACGAACAACACCUCCAAUACUAUGAGCAACAAAUCGAAUUCCAAAAAGCACAACAAGCUGCUUACUUUUCUCAAAAUCAACAACAACACCUAGUUAAUUUCAAUAACGUUCACAAUAAGAUUCCCAUUGAUAAUAGUAACCAAUGUCAACAAUACCAUCAGCCAACCAAUGUAUAUAUACAACCAUUAUCACUCUAUGAUCUUAAUAAUACCAUCAAAUUACAAAACAACCAGCAACCACAAUAUUAUCAAAUCUCACAACAUCAACUCCAAUAUCAACAUCAACAACAAUUCCAUCAAUCCACCGAACAAACACUUGUAGUAAAGAAAGAAUUCACAAUGUCAACCGAUUUCCUUGAACAACAAAAGUUGGCUCAAGAAAAGCUUCUCAAUAAUAAUGUCAUCGAUCAAAAACAAUACUGUCCAUCGUCCUCUGCCACCACAACACCAUAUUCAUACUCUCCAGAGCUAACAUCAUCCACUCCACCACCACUCACUUCAUCGUCGUCUGUACCAACAGUUGCAAUAUCAGCAGCAACACCAACCACCACCACCAAUUCUCAAUCGGCAUCAAGAACCAACAAGAGUGGCAACAAACCAAGAAAGCUCAUUGAGAUCUGCGACCUCUUCAUCAAAGAGUAUUCCAAUGCAGCACUCCUCGGUAACAACCAAGUGUACAUCGACCUCUUUGCCAUGAAGCACGGUGUCGACCUCACCAGAAUGUACUCGAUCCUCCACGUGAUGAAGUGUAUCGGUAUCAUCGAUAAGCGUGGACACAACUCCUACCACUGGAUCGGAUUGGACGCGAUCCCAGCCGCCAUCGAGGCGAUCUUUCACAGCACCACCAACUACCUCACCGGAAAGCCCGAGUUUGCCUGUGAGAAAUGUAGACAACGUGAAUCUUCACAACAACUUCACCAACAACAUCAUCAACAUCAACAAUCAACUACAACCACUCCAGAUCAACAAUUGAAUCACUCCGAUGAAUCCGAUUCAGAUGACUCUGAAAUGACCGAAAGUUCACAGACAUCCAAUUCAUCAACAACUACAACCACCUCUAAAGCAGCAGCAACAACUCCAACCAAACAACCACCUACCAUUGCCUCACCAAAACUAUCACAUAUUUAUAAACAAUUUAUUAAACAGUUCUUUUUACAUCCAAAUGUAUCGUGUAAGGAUGCCAAGGAGAUGUAUAACAUUCAAUUGACAACAGCCAAGUCUAGAAGACUCUAUGAUAUGGCGUUGAUCUUGGAUAGCAUCAACCUGAUUACCAAAGACGAUGCCUCAAAGAACAAGAUUCAAUACUACAAAUGGCAAGGAAGUCCAACCCUCGAUGAACUCAGACAAUCAUCUUGUCUGAUCAACAGCAACAUCGAUGAUGAUGAAGAAAAGUUUGUUAAUUUUUGUUAUCUCACAGUUAUUUAUAGAUUAGGUGUAUAA